ACGUGCCCGGAGCACGAGCUGGAGAACUACAGCAUGUACUGCGCGGGCUGCCGCACCCCCGUGUGCUACCUGUGCCUGGAGGAGGGCCGGCACGGCCAGCACGAGGUGAAGCCGCUGGGCGCCAUGUGGAAGCAACACAAGGCCCAGCUGUCCCAGGCCUUGAAUGGCGUUUCCGACAAGGCGAAGGAGGCGAAGGAGUUCCUGGUGCAGCUGAAGAACAUUCUGCAGCAGAUCCAGGAGAACGGGCUGGACUAUGAAGCCUGCCUGGUCGCUCAGUGCGACGCGCUGGUCGAGGCUCUGACUCGGCAGAAGGCCAAGCUGCUCACCAAGGUCACGAAAGAGCGGGAGCACAAGCUGAAGAUGGUCUGGGACCAGAUCAACCACUGCACACUGAAGCUACGCCAGUCCACGGGGCUGAUGGAGUACUGCCUGGAGGUGAUCAAGGAGAACGACCCCGCCGGCUUCCUCCAGAUCUCGGACGCCCUGAUCAAGCGAGUCCAGGUGUCUCAGGAGCAGUGGGUCAAAGGCGCCCUGGAGCCCAAGGUGUCCGCGGAGUUUGACCUGACCUUGGACAGUGAGCCGCUGCUGCAGGCCAUCCACCAGCUGGACUUCAUCCAGAUGAAAUGUAGGGUGCCGCCCGGCCCCCUGCUGCAGCUGGAGAAGUGCUGCACCCGCAACAACAGCGUCACGCUGGCCUGGAGGCUGCCGCCCUUCACCCACAGCCCCGUGGACGGCUACAUCCUGGAGCUGGACGACGGCGACGGGGGGCAGUUCCGGGAGGUGUACGUGGGCAAGGAGACCCUGUGUACCAUCGACGGCCUCCAUUUCAACAGCACCUACAACGCCAGGGUCAAGGCCUUCAGCUCCUCCGGCGUCGGGCCUUACAGCAAGACCGUGGUCCUGCAGACGUCGGACGUGGCCUGGUUCACCUUUGACCCCAACUCUGGGCACCGGGACAUCAUUUUGUCCAACGACAACCAGACGGCCACCUGCAGCAGCUACGACGACCGGGUGGUGCUGGGCACGGCGGCCUUCUCCAAGGGCGUGCACUACUGGGAGCUGCACGUGGACCGCUACGACAACCACCCAGACCCCGCCUUCGGGGUGGCCCGGGCCAGCGUGGUCAAGGACAUGAUGCUGGGCAAGGACGACAAGGCCUGGGCCAUGUACGUGGACAACAACCGCAGCUGGUUCAUGCACUGCAACUCCCACACCAACAGGACGGAAGGCGGCGUGUGCAAGGGGGCCACCGUGGGCGUGCUGCUGGACCUGACCCAGCACACCCUGACCUUCUUCAUCAACGGGCAGCAGCAGGGCCCCACGGCCUUCAGCCACGUGGACGGGGUCUUCAUGCCGGCCCUCAGCCUCAACCGCAACGUGCAGGUCACCCUGCACACAGGACUGGACGUGCCAACCCACCUGGGGCGGCCCAAGCUGGCCGGCAACUAGCCCCCCCACUCCCGCCCCACAAGGGCAUCUGGGAGGAGCCCGCCACCCCUCGCUGAGAUCAACAACCACGCGGGGCCGAUGGAUGACCACGUCGCGGUGCCCCCGAGGCCCCUGAGUAUCUUAGGGACGUGUUUGCUUUGGGGGACGGAGGAUGGGUCGCAGGCUGGGCCUGCCGAGGCUGCUGUGGGUGGGCAACGCGGGGGUGUGCUCCCCUGGGUCCCCCCGGACGGUUCAGUACUCACAGAGGACCUUGCUCCUGGGAGUGAGAAGGGAUCGGGGUGUAUGGUUUCCUGACGUCUGUUCCCAAAGCUUGUCUUGUGGGGAGGAGGGUGGAGGCGGAGAGAAAGGCAAACUUGGUGACUGUGGUCCUGAGAGCAGGAGCAGGAGGCCCUGUGGCCCCGUGUCCCCAGGGCCCGCCCGUUGCCAGGUUCCCAUCUUGGGCAGGAGAAGGUCUUGAGCUUUUGGGUCCUGGAGCUUCAGUGAGUUCUGCCACUUGCAGACGAACCCAGGAUCCGUAGGAAAGGGCGCUACGCAGUCAUGCGAUCCUCAGCCUCUCGCUGAGCUGUCAAACGCCUUCUAAAUGGUUUCCUUAGGUCCCCCAUCAACCAGCCUCUCUCUCUCUCUCGCUCUCUCUCUCUCUCUCUCUCUCACACACACACACACACACACACACACACACACACACACAAUCGUCUGCUGAAGUGAACCCACUCGGUCCUUAGUUCCUAAACCCUGGAACCGGAACUGGAGUGACCAGGUGAUGCGCCUCCACCUGGGGGUGGCUUCUCUGGAACGGGCUCCCCAGUGACCUGCAAGCUGUCCCAGCUGCUCCCCCGAGCUGUGCCCGCUCAGACUCACCCACAGAAGAUGAAGACCCGGGGAGCCCCUGAGAGCCGGCCACUGCUGCUCUGAGACCCAGCUGCCUGCCAUCAUGAAAGCAUCAUGAGCAAGCAGCGGCCGCAAUGGCAACCGGGCGGGCGGGACCCCCCUGAAGAGGCAGCAAUACUGUUUCUUGUCCCCCAGCUUCCUGGACAAGCCUGGUGUGCUGAGGCCACAGGGAGCACCCACCUCCUCCCUCCCCUCCCUGCUGAGAGCACCCACCUCCUCCCUCCCCUCCCUGCUGGGAGC